GUUACAUGAGCUACCAGGCCUUCCUGCUCAGUAGCCUGGCCUAAAACAAGAUGGAGUCCGUGAGAAGAAGUCGAUCGUCAAAUAUCCUCGAAAAACCGCUCAGUAAAGGAAGGAACGAAAUCAAUGUGAGUACUUUCGGUUUGUUAUUUUCCGAGAUGGUACAGUAUUGUCAGAACAGAGUGCACACUGUACCAGAACUUCAAACCAAGUUGUCAGAACUUGGCCAGCAGGUCGGUUCAAGAAUGCUCGAUGUCUUGGUGCUAAGAGAGAAAGGAAUGAAACGAGAAGUGAGAGUACUAAACAUACUCCUUUUUAUCAAGUCAGCUUUAUGGAAGUCAUUAUUUGGCAAGGAAGCUGAUAAGCUGGAACAAGCUAAUGAUGACGACAAAACAUAUUACAUUAUUGAAAAAGAACCUCUGGUGAAUAAGUUCAUCUCAGUUCCAAAAGAUAAAGGAAGUCUGAAUUGUGCCUCUUUUAUUGCUGGCAUAGUUGAAGCUGUACUACAUGGAUGUAACUUUCCUGCUAAAGUUACAGCACAUUGGCACAAGGGAACAACUCUGAUGAUAAAGUUUGAUGAGUCAGUCAUUACAAGAGACAAAUCUAUGGAUGGAAGAUAGGAAAUUAAUGUAAAUAAAAAUUUAAACUUAGAAGGAAAAGAAAAUAAAUGAAUAAAAAAGUCAAAAUUGGAACUUGUUUAUUCAGUGCAUGGUUGCUAAGAAACAUAGUCACAAUUAACUUAUGUUUAUCUUCUCAAACCAACCACUGUGGAGUUGUGAUUUUAUGAUGAUUGAGAACUCAAUGCCAAGUGCAAUAUAAUUUUUAUUUGUUUAAUUAUGCUGCUAGCCACUGGGCAAGUUAUCUUUCAAAUCUUCUAGCAUGCAACACAAACCAAUAGAUGAACCUUCAGGCUUUUUGUUUUGCCCUGUUCUUUCAAUAAAAUCCAUCUGAAGAAAGAUUAAUGUCCAUGAAUUGAUGAUGCUAACAAUGUCAUGUUUUCUAAGAAAAGUAAACAAACAUUUACAACCUUGUUAUUAUAAGUUCUCCUCUCCCCUUCACCAACCCCAUCCAUCACACUGGCCAAGUAGCCUCAACAAAGUUAAAGACAUGUUUUAUUGCAAAAUGUAUUAUUUUUAGACUUAACCAGAAAUCUCAACAUUAUAACAUUAUGGCAAAUGUAAUCAACUGUUCAAAAAUUAAUUGUAAUACUAAAAUAUUCAAUUUUUAGUAAUGUACAAAAAGGAUUUAGAAUAUCCUUGCUUAUAAUAAUUUAUUUGUUCCUAUUUGCCAAACUUAACAGGUAUUAACAAUAAUAUGACCUAAAAUUAUAGUAAGCUUAUAAUAACCACAUUUCUCUUGUACCUGCAUGAUGUAUUAUUUUGCAACAGUUAAAGAGGACUUUAUAUAGAAACUUAUGUUCCGGAAAACUAAUAAAACACAUUUACAGU